UCAAAAAUCCUCUGAAACCUAUCACACGCUUUCAAGUUUCAACAACAACAAUCAUAACAAUGUCCCCCCACUCCUCCCCUUUUCCGUCAUGCUUCCGUCCGACCGCCGUCUCUACCUCCAACAACCACCAUCCUCCACCGCCUCCGCCGCCACCUCCAACAACUUCCGGCAAUCCAAAUUUAACAAACUGCCUAUACCAAACAGAGCUCGGCUUAUUCUCUCUCACUUGGUCUACCACUUUAUUCGGCCAUUCUCUCGACCUUCAUCUCCACCCUCUCGAUACCACCGCCGCCACCGCCACGUGUUCUCCAUUUUCUCUCUCUAACCUCCCUUCUCUCUCUACUCUCUCGUUCCAUCUCCACAUCAAACCGUUCAUUUUCUGGAAAAAACACGGAUCCAAGAAACUUCAUAUCAACGGUCAAGACGGUCAAACUUCCCCGAGAAUCCAAAUCUUCUGGGAUCUUUCCAAGGCAAAGUUCGGAUCCGGAUCCGGACCUGAACCUCAAUCCGGAUUCUACAUAGCCGUCGUUGUUGAACGGGAAAUAGUCCUGGUCGUCGGCGAUUUGAUAAAACAAGCGUUCUUGAAGACGAGAACAAGAAAACAAGAGAUUAGAAAUCAAAUAUUAGUUCUGAGAAGAGAACAUAUAUACGGCAACAGAGUUUACACUACGAAAGCGGUCAUCGGCGGCAAGAACAGAGAUAUAUCCAUAGAUUGCUCGGUGAACAGUGACGCACGGUUGUGUAUCGCCGUCGAUAAUAUUAGAGUUCUUCAGAUUAAGCGGUUGAAGUGGAAAUUCAGAGGAAAUGAAAAAAUUGAAGUCGACGGUGUGGUUGUACAGUUUUCUUGGGAUGUUUAUAACUGGUUUUUUGAAGAUGUUAGCAAUGGCCAUGCAGUGUUCAUGUUCAGAUUUGAAGAAACUAGUGAAGCCUAUGGUGGUGGGGAAGAUGAUAAAAACGGUGUCGUUUCAUGGCAGCAAAAUUCUUGUACUAAUGGUUUUGGAAUGAGUGGGAUUGAAUGGAGAAAGAUGAGGCGGAGCUUUAUCGGAACGACAAGAAGUUCUUCUUCGUCGUCGAUUUCGAUGUCGUCCGCCUCCUCUGGAGGCGGCUCUUCGUCUAUAAUGGAAUGGGCUAGCACGGAGGAGAAUGAGCUUAGUUCCUCUAACGGCGUCGCUUUGGUUGUCUACGCUUGGAGAAAAUGAAAUUGAAGUCAUUUAAUUUUUGGUUGCAGGAAGUCCUACAACUCCUUGAUGUGGCUAUUGUUGAUAGGCUGCUGCAUAUGUGGCAUCAGCACAGGUCGUAUUUCCGGUGAUUGAAAUCCUACGCGUCACGCCGGGUGUCCAACUCAUUUGCCAGCGUGUCUUACCCAAACGACGCCGUUUCUUUGAAGAACCAUUUUUUACCCAAAACGCAGUCGUUUUGGUCAGAACGGUCGCGUUUAUAACUAAUUUUGAAACGCUGCCGUUUUUUCCCCUUCUUAAAAUACCCAACAUCUUAAAACCCCAAAUUAAAACCUAUUCGUUCUGAAAACCUAAUUCCCAAAUCUUCUCUAAUUUCUUCUAACUUCCUUAUUCUUCCAACUAAAAACCCUAAUUUAUCUUGUUCGAGUUUUUCCUCACAUUGUUUGAUGACGAUCCAUGAGUUAGCAAGCAGUGCAAGCAGUGGGAUUUACUCUGAAGCUACUAGUUCGGAGUUCAAUUCCAUUCCUCAUAAGCGUUGCCUCCAUGACCUAGUUGCUUCCGUCUAUACGGCAUACACGAAAGGGAACCCUGGAAGGAGAUUUUACCGGUGCAAGCUUAGAGAGUAUGACGACUGCAAAUUCUUUGAAUGGAUCGACCCAGAGGUAACUGGUCGUGAAAAAAAGGUUAUAAACAAGAUAUUUGAAAAGAGGGAUGAACUAGAAGAGGCAUUGAAGUUAAAAACAGAGACAGAGGCCAAAUUGAGAUGUGAAGUGCAUAGCAGUGGACUUAGGUUGACAGCUUGUCGAGGCCUUAUAGGUGUGCUGAACCAAAGAGUGGAAGAUGUUGAUCGUAAGAACCUUGAGUUGCAACAAACUGUUCAUGAAAUGGCUGAGAUGAACUCUAGAGUUGGAAAGCAAGCAGAUAAGCUUGGAGGGAUCAAGUCUAAACUACUGACUGAGAAGAAGACUCUGCAGAAAAGAAAUGAAGUGUUGGUGAUGAUUAUUUGGUUCAUGUCUAUUCUGAUUGUGAUUGUUUGUGCAGUGGCCAUCAAUCUUUGUCAGUAAUGUGCAUGGUUGGGCAGUUUGUUUAUGCCAUUUUAUGUUAGUUUAUGGUAGUAUGUAGUAUGCAGUAUGUAGUUUAUGUUAUGCAGUUUAUGUUAGUCUAUGUUAUGUAAGAACAAAGUGCCAAUAUGAAUGAAGAAGUAGUUGUUUCUAUAAACUGACUUUUAUGUGCAUUUACUGAUGAUAGAAUGGACACAAUAUCUUGUUUAUGGAGCAGUAUAAUAUGGGUUACAUGCUAUUCUUGCAUAAACUGUUUAACACAGUAUAAUGUUACAUGCUGCCAUAGCAAAAAAACUACAUAUCAGUUUUAAACAAACCUGCAUAACAGGUGCAACUAACCUAACCCAAAAGAGGCAGCAAGUGCAAAAAGCUUACAUAGCAUGUGCAAAAAAUUAGCAAACUGCAAAUAACUGUCAUAGCAGUUACAAAUAGCCUGCUUAGCAGUUUCAAAAAACCUAUAUAUUUCCAGCCAACUAGACACAAAACAACUAAAACCUCUAAGGUUUAGUUACACUAGCUUGAGAACUGUUAAUGCAAUUGUUCGAGCCAGAUACGUUUCCACUAUUUCCAGCUUGAGUCAUAGUGCUCCUUGGAACUCCAAUACUUCCUCCAAAUCCUCUAGCCCCUCCAUAUCCUCUACCACGUCCAGUGCCUCCAUUGGGUGGCUGUACAUAACAUGACAAUGUUAUCUACAUAUGACAUGACAUUUAUAAAUUAACCAAUUAAAUCACUGAAAAACAAUACAUACUCUCAUGUAGAUGUUCCCUCCAGGUUCUGAAAAUAGUCUAGUAAACCCACCAUGUGUUGGACCUGUGUUCACCAUUCUUGGUUGUUGAUAUGGUCUGUUUGCAGGUGGAGCUGUGCUUGUGGCAGUAACUACAUGAGGGCUUGUGAACUUUGGAGUAGCUGGUGUUGUCGUUGCACUUCGAGUUCUAGGUCUGCCUCUUUUGGCAUUACCUGUAGUUGAGGCAGUAUUCUUUUGUUUGCCACCAGGAGCUUGAGUUGCAUUUCUGCCUCUUUUGGGAUUAGAAGAACUUGAAGCCACAGCAGGUUGUGUUUCUGGAUUCUUUCGAGGUCUGCCUCUUUUAGCCUAUUAGAAAUCAUCAUUCAAAUACAAAUAAGAAUGCAUCAGAAACUACAAUAUAACAUAACAUGCAACUAAAAAACAUAGUUGAGUGUACUCACCGGUGGCUUAUGAAGCCUUGUAGCUGCAGUGUUAUAUUUGGCAAGACACGUUCGUUUGUUGUGGCCAACUUGAUUGCAUAUCGUGCAUGUCAUUUGAAUUCCAUGCUUGGUCAUUCUGUCUCGUUCUAGCUCUUCAGGUGCCCUUCUUCUUUUUUUCUUUGGCCUUCCGGGCAUCUUCUUGAAUGGAGGGGGUAAAAUGUUAUUACCAGUUGCUUCAGGCCACAUCCUUCUCCCAUUUAGUGGUUGCAGUGCAUACCGGUAGGUCUCAAUGUACAGUCCCACACUAUAACAAUUGUGCACAAAGUCUACACAGUCUUCGUUCUUCCAGUGUAUAGCCGCACAUGCAUGUGUGCAAGGUACUCCUGAUAUCUGCCAACCCCUACAGGUGCAUGUUGCAUUCUUCAGGUCCACCACAAAUCCAUCCUCACCUAUGCUUACUUGAAAGGUGUCACCCACUGCUGGCUUAACAGAACAUAGCCUACUAUAGUACUUAAUCUCUUCAAGCUUCUUUCUAAUCCUAGGCCAAAUUUUAUCAGUAACCCCACACAUAGCUGUCAGUUUGGUAUGCAUUCUCUCCAUCAGAUUCACCCUAAUUUCCUCUAGCAUAUCUACAAUAUGCUUAGCCCUUGCUUUAACAAUAUAUCCAUUAAAAGUUUCACAAAUAUUGUUAUCAAUCAUAUCAUUUUUACAGUUCUCAUUAACAAAAGCCUUACAGAAUUUGGUGGGAUCCCUCGCGUUAAAAUCCAAAAAGGCUGCCUCAUUUGCCUCCAUCAACACUUUUAGGGCUAACUUUAAACCAGCCUCAUAAGUUUGUCUAGCAGCAGCCCAAAAUAGUUUCUUUAAUGCUUGCCCCUUGAAUUCCUUUUUCCAGUUGCAGUAAACGUGUCUAGCACAGUUUCUGUGUUGGGCAAAGGGUGUCAAACUUGCUAUGGCAUUGCAAAGACCCUGUAAAUAACACAAAUGACAAUAAAAUUCAUUACAAUAAUAACAUGUACAUACAUAAAUCAAAGCAGGUACAAUCAAGUAAAAAACAAAAUACAAAAGUGAAUUGUACCUUUUGUUGGUCACUUAUAAAAGUCCAGCCUAGACCAUCCCCCACAUUUAGCUCCUCAAAUACAAUGUUCAUAAACCAAGUCCAAAAGUGUUCAUUCUCACUUUGGACCACUGCCCAAAAUACUGGAUACAUUUGGUCAUUCCCGUCCUUUGCAACUGCAGAUAAUAGAGCCCCACCCAAUUCUGUUUUCAAGAAACAUCCAUCAAAACCUAGCAUUGGUCUGCAUCCUUUCUUAAACCCUUCCCUCAAAGCACUAAAUCCAACAAAAAAACCCUCAAAUGUACCAUCAACUUCGUUGACAAGGAAAUCAAACCUCCCUGAACUAUCUACCCUCAUUAGCUCAGCCUUAUACGGCCUUAACAUGGCAUAAUGAUCAAUAACUGACCCCCUUAGCAUUGUUGCUGCCAUUGUCCUAGUCCUAUAACACUUAGAUUUUCCAGCCUCAACAGCAUACCUCUCCAUCAGGUCUCCUGCUAAUUCCUUCACAUUCCAGGUAGGAUUUCUCCUAAAUUUUGAAAUGAACUCUUUGGCAAUCCAUGCAGAUGUAGCUGCUCUAUUCCUUGUAACUCUACUGCAAGUGUGCUUCGGCUGCAACCUCCUUAUUGCGAAAGUGUUUUCCCUUGUUACCAAGCUAGCAUACAAUCUCCACCUACAACCAUUUUGGCAAACAGCCUCAAACUUGUUGUAAUUUCUCCUAACUAUUCUCACAUUACGCCCAGUGCAAAUUCCCCACUUCUGAACAACUUCCUUUAAUUGUUGUGUGUCCUCAAAUCUCAUUCCAACUACAAACUCCAAUGUCUUAUGAUCACAAUCUGGGUUAUACAUAACCCUCCUACCCCUUUCCAUUUUUUCUACCUCAUCCAUCUCCUCUUCCUCAGAUGUGCACAGAGAGUUAACAUCACAAUUGCUGUCUUCAUAAUCAGAAGAAAGACCACCUUCCUGAUCUGCAUGUUCAGAUGGUAUCUUCACUUUAGGAUGUCUCUGUCUUGUCUCAUUCAUACCAGACCAUUCACCCAUAUCAGUGGAUGCAACAGGCCUUUUAUACUGGUGGAGUAACUUCCUAGACAUUACAUACUCUUCGUCAUCUGACAUCUCAUCAUCUUCUAAUCCAUCAUCUGUAUCAGACCCUUCCAUAGGAUAAUAGUCUGCAUCUUCCUCUGAUUGUGACUCUUCUAAACCACCUGCAAUAUCUUCCAAACCACCAACAACUUCUUCUAAACCACCUAAACCUUCUUCUAAACCACCCAAACCCUCUUCUAAACCAGCCAAAACUUCAUCAUCUAUGUUACCAGUUCUUACUGCCUCAGCUACAGAAGACUGUCCUUCAUUUUCUCCUACAUUUUCUGACAUCAUAACAGGGCCAAUAUCUUUCUCUAGGUUAUAUAAGGAAGCUGCCUCAACUACUGAAGGAAUUGGAUCAACCACAUUAUCAUUAAACUGCAUACUAGAAGUGGAAGCAUCCCCAAUACUACUUACACUUGGAAUUUCAGGAGUAGACACCUUUUCUCCUUCAACAUAGACAUCAAUUUGAGAAGUUCCAUCCAAUACAUACUUAACCAUAUCCAAAACAGAUUGAUCACAAUCUAAGAGUCUUAACCCAUCCUUCAACGACAUUCCAGGGACUCUAUAACUGAGUUUACAAUUUUUAUACCCUAAACUCUUUGCAAAUAAGCAUAUACAUGAAAAUUGUAUUCUAUCUGGACAGUAGCCCAAAUCUUCUAUUACUUUCCCACCCAUAUAAAUCAUCUCACCACCAAAUGUAUAAAACUUCCCACCAUAAUUAUAACAAAUAUCAAACCCACUGUCAUAAAUUUUUUGCUGUAACAAAAACAAACGGCAAAAUGCAAUAAGAAAAACACUCAAUUCCACACUCAAGAAGUAUUUACUACUGACAACGCAAAAAAAAAACAAAGUAAAUCGCGAAAUGGAAAAGAAAAAAUAACGCACCUCAGUUAACGAUGGAGUUUUAUGCCAUUUCUGAACAACGACACACUUCUCCUUCCCCUUCUUUUUCUUAGUCAUAGGGUUUCCGGUGUUAAUUAAGGGUUUUUCAAAAUUUAGGGUUUAUAAAUUAAGGCAAUGGCAGAAGAUGAAAUGGAAGGGAUAAAGAAGUUGGGAAAUUAGAUUUUGAAAUCGAAGAAAUUUUAAUUAGGUUUUAAUUUGGGGUUUUAAGAUGUUGGGUAUUUUAAGAAGGGGAAAAAAACGGCAGCGUUUCAAAAUUAGUUAUAAACGCGACCGUUCUGACCAAAACGACUGCGUUUUGGGUAAAAAAUGGUUCUUCAAAGAAACGGCGUCGUUUGGGUAAGACACGCUGGCAAAUGAGUUGGACACCCGGCGUGCCACGUAGGAUUUCAAUCACCGGAAUUACGACCUGUGCUAAUAAAUAAAAAGAAUGGAAAGGUUGGGCCAGCGCUUGACAACUUUUAAAGGUUGGGCUUAAAUUGAAAAUUACGCGAAAGGUUGUGCUAUUAAAUAAAAUUAAGCCUAAAUAUAAAUAUAUUAAUUAAUAGUUAGGAUUAAAAUUUAAAAUUAUAUUGUAUAUAUUAAAUGAGUAUACUUGAAUUAGAAAUAAUAGAUUAAUUUAUUAGCCCAUUUAAUUCAUAUGUUUUUUUUAUCAUGGUUGUCAAAUGCAAAUCGGACUGGCCGGUUCGCCCAAAAAAGGUCAGACCAACGGUCCGGGUGGUAAAAAUUGAAUGGAUGUGCACAACACCAUCAAGCUAUUUUGAAUCUUAUGCCCAUAUCUCUUAUUAUCUAAUUUAUAUAAUAACUAAUAGUUGUGAAUUCUACAUAUAUUUAUAUUUUUAUAAUCCCAAUUUAAUUUAAUUGAAUUCCAGUUGAACCUUUAUUCCUUAACCUGCUAAUGUUAUUGGUUUUAUGACUGAGCCGGGUUUGACAAUUUUAUUUUUUUAUGUAAUUGGAGAAUAGAAAAUGCUCGUGGGAGGAAUUGUGCCCACAACUUAACAUAAUAUUGUUUAAUGUUUAUAUCAUCUGAAUUAUAACUCAUUGGUUAUUUAAUUCAUAUGUUUAAAUAUGUUAAUUGCA